AUGUUUAAUGAAUGUAUGAGGUGUAUCGUGGAUAUUGAUACAAACAGCACAGACACAUCGCGCGACCGUCGACGACAGCCAGACGCCUAUAAAGGCGCUAAGCGCGAGAGUCACCCAUCGUGCGAUGCCAGAGCGACAGCUCAAAACCCACGUAAGGAACUACGGCACGGAGAUGGGACGCGUGCAAGAGUUACGCGAACAGGACAGAAACAGCUAGGAGAUUGGACGCGUGCAAGAGCGACGCGAACAGGACAGAAACAGCAAGGAGAUUGGACGCGUGAAAGAGUGACGCGAACGUGGCAGACACAGCAAGGAGAUGUGCUGAUGGGUCGAAUAUCAGGCACCCAUACAGGCGCUAAGUGCGAGAGUCGCCCAACAUGCCAUGCCAGAGCGACAGCUCAAAACUCCCGUAAGGAGCUACGGCAAGGAGAUGGGACGCGUGUAAGAGUGACGCGAACAGGACAGGAAAAGAAAGGAGAUGGGAUGCGUGCAAGAGUGACGCGAAUGGGACAGACACAGCAAGGAGAGGUGAUGCGUCGAAUAGUGAUACGAACCGAACAGAUUCAUCGCACGACCGUCGACGACAGCCAGGCACCCAUACAGGCGCUAAGUGCGAGAGUCGCCCAACAUGCCAUGCCAGAGCGACAGCUCAAAACUCCCGUAAGGAGCUACGGCAAGGAGAUGGGACGCGUGACAGGAAAAGAAAGGAGAUGGGAUGCGUGCAAGAGUGACGCGAAUGGGACAGACACAGCAAGGAGAGGUGAUGCGUCGAAUAGUGAUACGAACCGAACAGAUUCAUCGCACGACCGUCGACGACAGCCAGGCACCCAUACAGGCGCUAAGUGCGAGAGUCGCCCAACAUGCCAUGCCAGAGCGACAGCUCAAAACUCCCGUAAGGAGCUACGGCAAAAAGAUGGGACGCGUGUAAGAGUGACGCGAACAGGACAGGAAAAGAAAGGAGAUGGGAUGCGUGCAAGAGUGACGCGAAUGGGACAGACACAGCAAGGAGAGGUGAUGCGUCGAAUAGUGAUACGAACCGAACAGAUUCAUCGCACGACCGUCGACGACAGCCAGGCACCCAUAAAGGCGCUAAGUGCGAGAGUCGCCCAUCAUGCCAUGCCAGAGCGACAGCUCAAAACUCCCGUAAGGAGCUACGGCGAGGAGAUGGGACGCGUGCAAGAGUGA